AUGGGAAUUUGGAUUCUUCUUUCUGCAGCUGAAGAAGAUUCAUAUGUAGUUCUUAUCAAUUGGUUUGAGAGGUUUCCUAUCUACAAGCAUAGAGAUUUCUACAUUGCUGGAGAAGGCUAUGCAGGACACUAUGUUCCUCAACUGUCUCAGAUUAUUUAUGAAAGGAACAUUAGAGUUAAGAAUCCAGUAUUGACUUCAAGGGAUUAUUGGUAA